AUGAACGCACAACAAUAUAUAUUAGAAAUAAAUUUACAAUACUCACAACUUAAAGAAGUUGUUCAAUGUCUAUUACAUAGUAUAUUGUUUCAACGAUGUCUUGGUACGAUUAAACCUAAAGAAGCAACUUUAGAUUGCACUGAUUUUACAUUUACAAAGCUAGACGAUCAGCAAACUACGAAACAUGUUGAAGAGAAAUCAGAGGAACUAUUAUCAUCUAUCAUAAAAAGAAAAGCUAAAACUGCUCAACUAUCCGUAUCAUUUUAUGAAAAACGACAGAAAACUACUUUCUUUUCAUCGACAGAAAACGUUUGUUGGGAACAAUGGAUUGUAACUUUUCAACUAGUACCUACGUUGGAUUCUCAAGCAUUAUUUCAACAACUUAGAGAUACCAUACAAAAGAUUAUUGUAAUUGUAAAUCAAGAUAAGAACAUACCACCAAUAACAGCAAAAGAUCAAAAUCCUUUCCCUUUUACUAUUUCGAUUGCAGGAUCAGAAAACACAGGUGGUGUAGUAGAUAUGUUUUGGAAUGUAUUCAAACCACCAGCUCUUUUAGGUGGGAAAUAA